UUGGCAUUAUCGUUUGAAAAUUCACAUGUAAAUCUAAAAAAUGCCAAUAUCAACUUUAUUUUUAUCGAAGAAAACGAUAAGUCAUUCUCCGAUGAGCAAAUAUUUUAUUUUGGAAAAUUGAUUGGAUUUGGUCAAUCACAUUUAGUGCAAAAGUACAAUUUACAAGAAAGGCGAUAUAUUGGUAACACGACUAUGGACCCUGCAUUAUCAUUUAUACAAGCAAAUAUGGUUAAAGCUAAUCACGGAUCACUUAUUUUGGAUCCAUUUUGUGGGACAGGUGGACUUCUUAUUGCUGCAGCUCAUUUUGGCGCUGCUGUUAUGGGCACCGAAAUCAAUUAUCAGGUGGCUCGAGCUGUUGGAAAAUCUUCAAGAAUGGGCCAGAAGUUUUUAACAGACGAUCAAUCAAUUGCGGCUAAUUUUUGUCAAUAUUCAUUAAAUGACCGUUUUAUGGGUGUUUUGCUUGCUGAUGCGAGUAAGCAUGAAAUUUGGCAUUAUAAUAAUUUUGGCUUUGUGGAUGCGAUUCUAACUGAUCCUCCUUAUGGUGUCCGUGAGAAAAUUCAAAAAAUUGGGAAAAAAAGUCGGAAAGAUCAUUAUUUUGGACGGCGUUAUCCGGAAAAAGCAAAAUAUGAGAUUUCUUCAUCAUUUUUAGAUCUUUUAAAUUUAGCUGCACGUUUGCUUGUUGUAAAAGGGCGUCUUGCAUUUUGGUUUCCAUCAAUCGAAAGAGAGUUAGUUUUUACUUUUUUUUAUUUUCCCAACGAUCUUAUUUAUUUCAAUCAAAGUGAGGCCAUUCAAGCUAGAAAUGAGAAUCAGAAUAAUGGUGUUAAGAAUUAUAAGGAUUUUACUCGAAAGCAAGAAAUAAUAUUAAUAUUAUAUCAAUGUUUAUUUAGUUUCUCAUUUUUUUAUUCUGCAAAAAAUAGAAAAUUUAGGAUACUAUCAUGCUAUUUGAAUAUGAGAGGUUAA